UCUCCCCUCUCUCCCCUCUCUCUUCCUACAAACUUCACUUUUUUUCCAGCUUUCAAACAGGAUUAGACCCAACAGACAACAUCAGACUUAUCGAGCAGACUUUUGAGCCUCUGGUUUUGAAACAUUACCUAGAUUAAAGAUUGGAUUUCAACUUCUCAAGUUGGAUUUACAUCCUUUCAGGUUCAAUGGCACUUGGAGUGCUAAAUACGCAAGUGAAAAGCUCCCUAAGUGGGAGUGCGUUUUUGGACCGCGGUUCUUUAAAGGAGCAGGAACCUCCACCUCCACUCCGCAGCUACCUUUGUUUGACUAUUUUCGCUUGCUUUUGUCCUGCGUACCCUGUCAACAUUGUGGCUCUGGUUUUCUCUAUUAUGUCUAGAAACAGUUAUUUCCAUGGUGACUACGACGGCUCCAGGCGAUUGGGCAGGAACGCUCUCUACGUUGCUGUAGCUUCCAUCAUCAUCGGCCUCCUCUUCAUCGCCAUCACCUGCAUUGUUCAUUUUACCACAAUGGAAUUUUAGUGCUGUGGAAGUGGAGAAGAGAAAUAAGACACUUUAAUAAAAACCCUCUGGAUGGACUGAGCUGAUUGUUUCACAACAUCUGCCAGUGAAAGGAUUCUGAUUCGACUCAUGUUUACUUCAAUCUGUACGUCAUGUUUCCUGUUUUUCAUAUGGACAAUCAAUGACUGUAAAAUCUGGUGAGUUUGAUACAUUUCAAUAAUUAAUGUCAAAGAUGCUUUGAAUUAAAAUGGCAGCUUUCAACAAAUUUGAAGGGAAUCCAUGAUUUACAGCAAGUUUUUGUCAGGCUGUGACUGUGGUGGGGAAAUUGUAACUGUUGCUUUUAGCUUAACUUAUUGCCAGAAAGAGUCAUGAUAGUAAAUUAUGGUCACAAAACCAACUUUACCCAUAAGAUGACAAAUUUUGUGCUCAAUUAAGGAUAUUCCAAAAUUUAAAAAAAGCAACAACCACUUUUAUAUUUUCUAAUAUGCUCUUAUUUUAAAGCUUUAUCAGUUAUACUGAGGAAUGAUGUUGAAAUUUUGUGCUAAAACAUUUAGAUUCAUUAGUAUCAUAGUGAGUCUCUAGCUGGUAACAUUAAUAAAGUAACUAGCAUGAACUGUGUGACAGGCUUUUUUUCUCAUUUGUAAGAGAGAAGUUGAGUUUUCAUGCUCUUUAGUGACAACAGCAUAGUAUUUAUUAGCUUAUUUUAGAUAACUCCCUGCUGUAGAUCAAGCUUUUGUCCAAAAAUUACUGUAUAAAAGAAACUGUCUUUGAUUCAUGUUGUUCUAUCAUUCCUGUUGACUAGAUUCAAAGAGUACAGCUCAGCAUGUCCAAACAGUUAUAGUUCAGUGUAGUGUCUCCUGUGGCUCAAAAUCUGAGUUUUUUUUCCAAAUGAGACUAUGUAACCUUUACCCGGAGAAAUAACACAUUUUCCUCCCUAAGAACAAAAGUUAAAUUCUUGGACAUGAUUGCUCAGUUUAAUACAGUCAUUGGUUUGCUGCCAUAACCUUAACUGUUCUGGAAUGAACUGUCAGCUGUUAUUAAAAACAAAAGAAAGGCUGCAUGAGGGAGUAUCUUGAAUUUUAACUGUUUGACACAUACUUGUUCCUGAGAUUGGAAAGAUGCUGUCAUUCAUCAGACGUCAUGGGUCUAAUGACACAUGCUACUUAGCUGCAUUAUGGGAAAUGAAGUCUCCAGUGUUCACCCAUAUUUACAAGUGAAAGUUAGAAUAGUUUUGGCUUUUGCUGCUUCAGUUUUGACCAUUCAGAUCUGUCUGUUGAGAGCCUCCUAACCACGAGACAAAAAUACAGAUGCAAUAUGUAAUAUUUCAUUGAAUUUUAUCCUUUGCUUUUCACAUAGGGGAAUAAGUAUGGAACGCCAUGAUUUGUUCUUGUUAUCUGAGGCAUCAUGUCAUUGAAUAAAGAUGCUUUUUAAGGUGG